AUGUCUGGGACCGAGGAAGCAGUCCUUGGAGGCCGUGGCAGCCAGCCUGCUGGGGGCAGCCCCGUGCUAUGCUUUGGUCAGUACCAGUACACAGUGGAAGAACACCAGGCCAUCCAGAACGCCCUGAGGCAGAGGCUGGGCCCAGAGUACAUCAGUAGCCGCAUGGCUGGAGGAGGCCAGAAGGUGUGUUACAUUGAGGGUCACAGGGUCAUUAAUCUGGCUAAUGAGAUGUUCGGCUACAAUGGCUGGGCUCACUCCAUCACCCAGCAGAAUGUGGAUUUUGUUGACCUUAACAAUGGCAAGUUCUACGUGGGCGUCUGCGCGUUUGUGCGAGUCCAGCUGAAGGAUGGCUCGUAUCAUGAAGACGUGGGCUACGGUGUCAGCGAGGGCCUCAAGUCAAAAGCCUUGUCCUUGGAAAAGGCCAGGAAGGAGGCAGUAACAGAUGGGCUGAAGCGGGCGCUGAGAAGUUUUGGGAACGCACUUGGAAACUGUAUUCUGGACAAAGACUAUCUGAGGUCACUGAACAAGCUUCCAUGCCAGCCGCCUCUUGAAGUGGAUUUAACUAAUGCAAAGAGACAAGAUUUUGAACCAUCUGUUGAACAAGCCAGAUACAGCAGCUGCCAGCAGAAUGUGACUCUGGAACCCCCUAAAGCCCGGGAGGUGACCUCACCGUGCAGACUGAGCCACUCAGCUGGCCCCCACUGUGUGAUGCAGGGGGACAAGGAGACCAGCUCCCGAAGCCUGGUCCCCGGCACCACGGAGAGCGAAGCCACGCUCCAGCGGAAGCUCCGGCAGAAGCAGCUGCAGCAGCAGUUCCGGGAACAGAUGGAGAGACAGCAGCAGGCUGCCACCUCUGCCCUGUCUGCCGGAAGGAAGGACGAGGUGCAGCCGCCACCAGUGCCUCCUGCCAAGCCCAGCCUCCCCAGGACCCGCUCACCUUCGGAGCCACUAACCCAGAGAGACCUGCUCCCAGACAGUCUUGAAAUGUGGGACAUGGCUAUGGAUGCAGAGGACAGCAUGCUCAAGCCCUUGUCGAAACCAGAACCACCGCAGACCCCUACCAUCUCCGUCCUGAAGAACCACAUGGAGACCCAGAACAGGAUUCCACAAAGCCUUUGCCACCAGACUCCACAGGCACAAUCUGGACCCUGGCACCUCCAAACUUCCAGCCUUAACCAACACGCCACAGGGGACUAUGAUUCCUCUAGGAAGAAUCAGGACAUGAAGAAGAGGAAACUGGAUCCAUCUUAA